UAUGACUUGAAAUAGUUACUUCGAUACUUCUGAUACUUUGGCCAUAUAUAAUCAUCUUACAUCUGAGCAACAACAACUAUAGGCGCCUGUCAUCCAUACAUAACUACAUAAUACUUAAGCCGCUUCCUGUGGUUUUAGCUCAAUGAAUAUCCCCCAAAACUAAAUCGCUUACAUCCCGAAGUGACACUGGCUAUUCUUGAUAUUGCGGGCUCUCCAUCAGUCAAACGAGUGUUGCACUUGCUAUCGAUUCCGAUAUGGCCGUGACUCCGGACAUAACUCAUCAACUUCGAUCGACCCUGAUAACACCAGAGAAUAGCGGUAAUAGAGGACACGUGAUUUCAAAUGGAAGUAGCCAAUGUCAGGACAGCAAUUCUAGCUCUGACUCUUCAGGAGAAAUACCCAGGGCUUCUGUAAGAAAUGGAGUUCAUAAAUCACAGGGUGAGCCGGAGAUGAAGUCUUCCCAUAACCACAAAUUAUCCGCAAUUGCAGAGAGCUCCACCUCUAGUGCUUCUGGUGAACCUGGAAAAAUCAAAAAAAUGGGCAUCCGCUGGGCACCACUAAACAUCGGUCUGGAACGUCGCCUUCAAACAUUUGUGGUAUUGUGUCAUACUUUGACUAUCGCCAUUUUUCUUACCAGCUUCUUCUUCGCGUGUGCUAUACCAUUAUCCUGGCCUAUUCUCUUACCUUAUCUAAUUUAUAUAUCGCUCUUCUCAACGGCUGCCACGUCUGGGACCUUAAGUGGCCGGAGCGAUUACUUGCGAUCUUCACGCAUCUGGUCAAUUUAUGCGUCUUAUUUCCCGGCCCGUUUACAUCGGUCUGAACGUCUUUUGCCGACACGGAAAUAUAUAUUUGGGUAUCACCCUCAUGGAAUCAUAUCACACGGCGCUUUCGCGGCCUUUGCGACGGAGGCGCUCGGUUUCUCUAAGCUCUUCCCGGGAAUUACGAAUACCUUGCUUACCCUCGACUCUAAUUUUCGGAUCCCUUUUUAUCGGGAGUAUGCUCUUGCUAUGGGUGUUGCUAGCGUCUCGCGCGAGUCAUGCGAGAAUCUUCUUACUAAAGGUGGCGCCGACGGCGAAGGCAUGGGGCGUGCUAUCACUAUUGUCAUUGGUGGCGCCCGCGAAUCCCUCGAUGCAUUACCAAACACUCUUCGUCUUGUACUUAAGAGACGGAAAGGUUUUAUUAAGCUUGCCAUUCGUACUGGUGCCGAUCUUGUUCCAGUGCUAGCAUUCGGUGAAAAUGAUCUGUAUGAACAAGUGCGUUCGGACCAACACCCCCUGAUACACAGAUUUCAAAUGCUCAUAAAGCAUACUAUGGGUUUCACAAUCCCCCUGUUUCAUGCUCGUGGGGUCUUUAAUUAUGAUGUGGGUUUAAUGCCCUACCGUCGCCCAUUGAACAUUGUUGUUGGCUGUCCCAUUGAAGUUGUUCAGCAGCAAAAUAGGAAUAAGAUCGAUGACGAGUAUAUCGAUUAUUUGCAUGCCAAGUAUGUGCAGGAGCUUGCAAGAUUAUGGGAGCAAUGGAAAGAUGUUUAUGCCAGGGACAGGACUUCUGAACUCGAGAUCGUUGCGUGAUAUGACUCUUCUAAUGCAGGAUCACUCCUUUCCUUCACUACACGUGUUGUAGCUUUGUAUCUUAACCCAUAGUGCCACACAAAAAAGAAACGUGGGGCUGGACGUGCCUUUUGAAAGGGACAUUGUCAAGAUAAACAUGACACAUUAUCAUUAGGUCGAGAACUCAUCUGGUUCCAUAUAAGAUUUUCUCUAGCUGCAUAUCUUAGAAUUAUAAAGCAUGUUUAUAUUUGCCUCGACUAGUCCGGCAUUAUCCACAGCAGCCAUUAUAGGACGGCCGUAGGGAAGAGCUCGUUGUGUGUGGAGGACGAAGAGGGCCUUGGAAUGAAACUACACGAUAGUAUUCGAAGC